CCGCGCAGCCCCCGGCCGGCCGCCCGCACCGCGUCCGCCCUCCUUCCCUCCCUCCCUCCGCUGAUCCUGUCCCCCAUUCCCGGAUUAUUAACUCGGCAACCAAAGGCGACUGGAUCCACCGAGUCCUGGCCACCGGGCCGGGGCCGGGGCGCCCGGAGCGCUUGGGGAUCCUGCAAGGUGACCAUGGCCUUGCUGGGGAAGCACUGUGACAUCCCCACCAACGGCUGCGGGUCUGAGCGCUGGAACUCCACCUUCACCCGCAAGGACGAGCUCAUCAACAGCCUGGUGUCCGCCUUAGACUCCAUGUGCUCGGCGCUCUCCAAGCUGAACACGGAGGUGGCCUGUGUGGCGGUGCACAAUGAGAGCGUCUUCGUGAUGGGCACCGAGAAGGGACGGAUGUUUCUGAACACCCGGAAGGAGCUCCAGUCAGACUUCCUCAGGUUCUGCCGGGGACCCCUAUGGAAGGAUCCAGAAGCAGGACACCCUAAAAAGGUGCAACGCUGUGAGGGUGGUGGCCGGAGCAUCCCGCGGUCCUCACUGGAGCAGUGCUCGGAUGUGUACCUGCUGCAGAAGAUGGUAGAGGAAGUGUUUGAUGUUCUUUAUAGUGAGGCUAUGGGCAGGGCCAGCGUGGUCCCUUUGCCCUAUGAGAGGCUGCUCAGGGAGCCGGGGCUACUGGCUGUACAGGGACUGCCCGAGGGCCUGGCCUUCCGGAGGCGCGAGUAUGACCCCAAGGCGCUCAUGGCCAUUUUGGAGCACAGCCACCGAAUACGGUUUAAGCUCAGGAGGCCUCCUGAUGAUGGUGGGCGGGACUCAAAGGCGCUGGUGGAGAUGAACGGUAUCUCCCUGCUACCCAAGGGGUCCCGAGACUGCGGUCUGCAUGGCCAGGCCUCCAAGGUCACUCCCCAGGACCUGCCCCCCACCGCCACCCCAUCCUCCAUGGCCAACUUCCUGUACAGCACUUCGAUGCCCAACCACACCAUCCGGGAACUCAAGCAGGAGGCGCCCACCUGCCCGUUGACCCCCAGCGACCUGGGCUUGGGCUGGCCUGUGCCUGAGCCCCAGGUCCCCAGUGCCCAAGAUUUCUCCGACUGCUGUGGACAGAAGCCCGCAGGACCUGCUGGGCCUCUCAUCCAGAAUGUCCAUGCUUCCAAGCGCAUCCUCUUCUCCAUUGUCCACGACAAGUCAGAGAAGUGGGACGUCUUCAUCAAGGAGAUGGAGGACAUCAACACACUGCGGGAGUGCGUGCAGAUCCUGUUUAACAGCAGAUACGCGGAAGCCCUGGGCCUGGACCACAUGGUUCCUGUCCCCUAUAGGAAGAUUGCCUGUGACCCCGAGGCUGUGGAAAUUGUGGGCAUCCCAGACAAGAUCCCCUUCAAGCGGCCUUGUACUUAUGGGGUGCCCAAGCUGAAGCGGAUUCUGGAGGAGCGGCACAGCAUUCACUUCAUAAUCAAGAGGAUGUUUGAUGAACGCAUUUUCACAGGGAACAAGUUUACCAAAGACCCCGUGAAGCUGGAGCCAGCCAGCCCACCAGAAGAUACUUCCACAGAGGUCUGUAGGGACGCUAUGCUGGACCUGGCUGGGACUGCUUGGUCAGACAAGAGCAGCGUCUCUGAAGACUGUGGGCCAGGAACCUCAGGAGAGUUAGGAAUGUUGAGGCCCAUCAAAAUUGAGCCAGAGGAGCUGGACAUCAUUCAGGUUACUGUCCCAGACCCUUCACCAACUUCGGAGGAGAUGGCGGACUCACUACCUGGGCAUCUGCCCUCGGAGGAUUCCGGUUAUGGGAUGGAAAUGCCGGCUGACAAAGGCCCCAGUGAGGAGCCAUGGCCAGAAGAGAGGCCGGCAGAAGAAAGCCCUGGUGAUGUGAUCCGGCCCUUGCGGAAGCAGGUGGAGAUGCUGUUCAACACGAAAUAUGCCAAAGCCAUUGGUACCUCGGAGCCAGUCAAGGUACCCUACUCCAAGUUCCUGAUGCACCCUGAGGAGCUGUUCGUCCUGGGCCUGCCCGAAGGCAUCUCCCUUCGCAGACCCAACUGCUUUGGGAUCGCCAAGCUUCGGAAGAUCCUGGAAGCUAGCAACAACAUCCAGUUUGUCAUCAAGAGACCCGAACUGCUCACCGAUGGUGUCAAAGAGCCUGUUAUGGACACUCAAGAGAGGGACUCCUGGGACCGUCUCGUGGACGAGACCCCGAAGAGGCAGGGCCUUCAAGAAAAUUACGACACCAGGCUCUCGCGGAUCGACAUCGCUAACACGCUUAGGGAACAAGUCCAAGAUCUGUUUAACAAGAAAUACGGUGAAGCCUUGGGCAUCAAAUACCCAGUGCAGGUACCCUACAAACGAAUCAAAAGCAACCCGGGCUCCGUCAUCAUCGAGGGCCUGCCUCCCGGGAUCCCAUUCCGCAAACCCUGCACCUUUGGCUCCCAGAACCUGGAAAGGAUCCUCUCUGUGGCUGACAAGAUCAAGUUCACAGUCACCAGGCCCUUCCAGGGACUCAUCCCAAAGCCCGACGAGGAUGACGCCAACAGGCUCGGGGAGAAGGUGAUCCUCCGGGAGCAGGUGAAGGAGCUCUUCAAUGAGAAAUACGGAGAGGCCCUGGGACUGAAUCGGCCUGUGUUGGUCCCUUACAAACUGAUCCGGGACAGCCCAGAUGCUGUGGAGGUGAAAGUCCCGGAUGACAUCCCCUUCCGGAACCCCAACACCUACGACAUCCAUCGGCUGGAGAAGAUCCUGAAGGCCAGGGAGCAUGUACGGAUGGUUAUCAUCAACCAGCUCCAACCUUUUGCAGAAGUCUGCAAUGAUGCCAAGGUGCCAGCCAAAGACAUUCCCAAGCGCAAGAGAAAGCGGGUCUCGGAAGGCAACUCGGUCUCCUCCUCUUCCUCCUCUUCAUCCUCGUCCUCUAACCCAGAGUCUGUGGCAUCCACCAACCAGAUCUCCCUCGUGGUAAAGUCACGCAGAUCCGAACUUCACCCCAGUUCUGUGUGGCCUGUGCCCCACCCUCGGGCAGGGCCGCCCACAGCUCCAGGAACCGGGAGGCACUGGGCCCUGAGAGGGACUCCACCAACCUCAGAGGUGCAGGCGCACCCACUGGCUUUGCCCACGAGAUAG